AUGGGGGGAGACAAGAAAAGGCAGAGAUUGGGUGGAGGGGGAGAGGCAGCGAGCGGGAGGGUGGGGGAGAGGGGGGAAGGCAGAGAAUGGGUGAGAGAGAAUGAGAGAGGUAGCGUCUCUGCGAAAGGGAAGAGAGGGGGAGAGGCAGCUAGUGGGAGGGUGGGGGGAGAGGCAGAGAAUUUGUUGAAUGAUGGGAGAGAAAUUGCGGUGAAGAAGCUGUCGCAGAGCUCAAAUCAGGGGAAGAAAGAGUUCACCAAUGAGGCCAAGUUGUUGGCUCGCGUGCAGCACCACAAUGUUGUCAAUUUGUUGGACUAUUGUGCGCAUGAUGUGGAGAAGCUGCUUGUGUAUGAGUAUGUAACUAAUGAGAGCUUGGACAAGCUUCUCUUCACAAAAAACAGCCCUUUAUUGAUGAUAAUUGCCAUCCAUACAAAUGAAUUACAUCAAAUAAAGGAAGAGGAAGUGCAAAAAGCAUUAAAGCAUAACCACACAAUCCCAACUAGCUGCUGGAUGGAAGGACCAGCAAAGUUGGCACAAAACAGUUCCAAGCCAUGGAGGCUUGCUGGACUAAUGCAGGAGCACCCCAAAGAAAGAGCGGUGCAUUUGGAGUGUGGGAAUUGUGUAGAGUACUCAGAAUAG